AUGGAGGUCGAAGAAGAAAAGAAGCUGGAAAUCGACCAGUCGCUGCCUGAUCGAUUUAGCUUCUUUUCGUCAAAAACGCGACAAGCGACCGCCUCAUCUACCUGGGAAGGUCUUUUCCCUAGCGGAAACAUCGAUCACAUCUUCCAGGAGAAGCAUAAAAGUCGUCCAGAUCCCAACCAGCCAAUCUGGUGGAUUGACAUCUGCGAUGCCACUGAAGAAGAUGUUGACGCCGUUUCCCAAGCCUUGUCUAUUCACCCCCUGACGGCAGAGGACAUUGCUAUUCGUGAGCCUCGGGAGAAAGUCGACGUCUACAAGAACUACUAUCUGAUCUCGUUCCAGACUCUCGUCACCAACAAAGUCAAGGAGCGAUCGGGAAUUCCCAUCUCGGCUGCAUUAUACAUUCUUGUGUUCCAAUAUGGCGUCGUCACCUUUUCGCCUAGUGGGUGCGGGCAUGUGGCUCGGGUGCGAGAGCGGAUUUGCAAAAGGCAUAAUCCUGCUAUAUUAACCAGUGACUGGGUCUGUUAUGCAAUGAUAGACGACAUCAUCGACAGCUUCGAGCCAUUUGUCCGGGACGCGGAGCGCGAGUCCGAAGCAAUCGAGGAUCAAGUGUUCAUCAGUCGCAUCGACGAUGCUCAAGCUCUUAUUCCCCAGGUCGAUGCCCUGCGCAAGAAAAUUACUCACAUCAUCCGCUGCCUCAAUGGAAAGGUCGACGUGUUGAGCGGAUAUGUGAAGCGCUGCCAAUCUCCCGAUAAGCAUCCUGUUUUUCCUGACGGUGAUCUACUUCUAUACCUCGGCGAUGUCCAGGACCAUUUGGUCACAACUUUGUCGACGCUUGGACAUAUCGAUGAGAUCAUCGGUCGGUCCCAGGCAAAUUAUUUGGCCCAGCUGAGCGCUACUAAUCUCCGAUUGAGUUUGACUAUUAACUCUGGUCUGAGUAAGGUUACUCUCCUGGCUACCAUCUUUGUGCCGUGUCACCUGGUUACGGGUUUGUGGGGAAUGAACGUUCCUGUGCCGGGCCAGAAUGAUCAUGGGCUGGCGUGGUUCUUUGGUAUUGUCGGUUCUUUUGCGGCAUUCAUGGUCAUUUGCAUCGCCGUGGCCGUGAAGUAUAAGCUUCUGUAG